AUGGAAUCUCCACCGCCGCCGCCUUCGCUUCAAGAGCUAGACGCGGCGGAGAAUAUUAUUCUCGUCUGGGACUCCACGGCUUCCGAGGAGGCCCGAGAGCGAAUGAUAUUCGACGGCCAGCGCGACGAAAUCGAUCGCUACUUACAGGCCGUCGAUGAAAUCCAACGCUCUCUGUCCUCAGCCACGCUUGCUUCAGAGGGCGAACAGUCCAAGCUCAACUCUGCCAUCCAGAUCGCCAUGGCUCGGUUGGAGGACGAGUUCCGCAACAUCCUCCUCAACCACACCACUCCCAUCGAGCCUGACUCGCUUUCCUCCGCCGAUCCGAGCUCGUCAACUCACUCCUGCGUCGCUGAUUCGAACUCCGAGUUCGAGGAUUACUCGGCUGAAGACGACGGCGGUUUGACCACACCUAAGGCCUCCUCCAUCUAUGCCGGUGACGUUGACGAGCUUCUCCAGCGCGGCGAUUCGUCGAACACUAGCAGCUACCGGUCCGCCAGCAGCAUCCGCGAGCUCGAUCUCAUCCCCUCCGAUGCGGUAUUCGAUCUCCGCAACAUCGCUGAGCGGAUGAUUGCCGCCGGCUACCUCCGCGAGUGUAUUCAGGUCUACGGCGGCGUCAGGAAGGGGGCGGUGGACUCGAGUUUCCGGAAGCUGGGGAUUGAGAAGCUGAGCAUCGGAGACGUUCAGAGGCUGCAGUGGGAGCAGCUGGAAACCAAGAUCCGACGGUGGAUACGCGCCGCCAAGGCCUGCGUGAGGACCGUCUUCGCCUCCGAGAAGAAGCUCUGCGAGCAAAUCUUCAAUGGCAUCGGCACCGCCAUUGACGACGCUUGCUUUAUGGAGACAGUCAAGGGCCCCGCGAUUCAGCUCUUCAACUUCGCCGAGGCCAUCAGCAUUAGCCGGAGGUCGCCCGAGAAGCUCUUCAAGAUUCUCGACUUGCACGAUGCUCUGAUGGACUUGAUGCCAGAUAUCGAAUCGGUUUUCGAAUCGAAAUCGUCGGAGUCGAUUCGGAUUCAGGCGGUGGAGAUCUUGUCGAGGCUGGCGGAGGCAGCGAGGGGAAUUCUAUCUGAGUUUGAGAACGCCGUGCUUCGCGAACCGUCUAGGGUUCCCGUCCCCGGCGGAACGAUUCAUCCAUUGACUCGGUAUGUGAUGAAUUACAUCAGUUUGAUAUCGGAUUAUAAGCAGACUUUGCAUGAGCUUAUUGUGUCGAAGCCCUCCACGGGGUCGCGGUUCGGCGAUCCCACGACUCCGGAUAUGGAGUUCGCCGAGUUGGAGGAGAAGACCCCUCUGGCUCUGCAUUUGAUUUGGAUUAUUGUGAUUUUGCAAUUUAAUUUGGAUGGCAAGUCUAAGCACUAUAAGGAUGCUUCAAUAGCUCACUUGUUCAUGAUGAACAAUGUUCAUUACAUUGUUCAAAAGGUGAAAGGGUCUCCGGAAUUGCGGGAAAUGAUUGGAGACGAUUACUUGAGGAAGUUGACCGGGAAGUUCCGCCAGGCAGCUACUAGUUACCAGAGAGCUACUUGGGUAGGUGUGUUGUAUUGUUUGAGAGACGAAGGGUUACAUGUUAGCGGGAGUUUUUCUUCCGGGGUGUCAAAGAGUGCUUUGAGAGAGAGGUUCAAGUCCUUCAAUGCUAUGUUUGAGGAGGUUCAUAGGACCCAAGCUACUUGGUUGAUACCGGAUACUCAGCUUAGGGAGGAGCUACGGAUAUCUAUAUCAGAGAAGUUGAUCCCAGCAUACAGGUCGUUCCUUGGGCGGUUCAGGAGCCAUAUAGAAAGUGGGAAGCAUCCGGAAAACUACAUCAAGUAUUCGACCGAGGAUUUGGAGACCGCUGUAUUGGAUUUCUUUGAGGGGUACUCGGUAUCCCAGCACUUGAGGAGGAGAUCUCAGUGAAUGUGAUCAAAUUGAAGUUAAGUUUUGCAAGUUUAGAAACUAGGACACAUUCUUUGAAUUUUUUGGGGAGUGUUUGGGUGAUGAUGGUGCUGGUCAGUCUGGGAUUCAUUGAGCCUUCCAUUUCAUUAAAAAUCCUACAUAGUUCAAUAUUCUGUUGAUUGGGGGAGGUCAGAUUGAGAUCUAUUGUAGCUCUACAGAGCAGCCAAGUCUACACGCCCGAAUGCUUCUGCCCUGUAAGCAUGUUGUUUAUUAUUACUACCACGAUCUAGAUUUUGUUUCAUUUGUUCAUAUUCGAAUUGUUGUGCAUGUGUGUUGUUCCAUUUUUUGUUUUAAUAUCAAGAAGCCGCUUCUUAUAGUAGUAGCUCCAGGUUACUUGUAUACCAUGUCAUAUAUUUUAGCUUUUGAUGAGGCAGAUUUCCGAAACACACUUCAGAUUUAUAACUUUUCUAGAAAUGAAUGAGUUAGUUUUAUGUUAACCGAAA